UAAGAGCGAGAGGGACAUAUUAUUAUGAUAUAAUGAUGCAAGCCAAGCAGAGACAAUAGACGUUAGAUUAGAAGUUUAAAUAUUGAGACAAUAAACUGUCAUUCAUGUCAUAAAAGAUGUUCAAAUAAAUCAAAAUUUGUGUUUAUAAACCCAAACAUUAAACCAUGUAGGGAACUGCCGCAAACCAAAACACCUUUACUAAUCUAAAGGUAAACUAAAUACUACUUUCAUGAUGUCUGAUUGUUGCAAAAGACCCAAAAACCCAUGCAUGGUCUGCAGGCGUACCGUGACGGCCAAAACGGGCCUGCAGUGCCAAGGAUCUUGCAAAUCUUGGAUACACUUCACUUGCUGCAGCUACACCCCUGGAAAAAUUAAAGAUAUCAAAGCCAAAAUUAUUAAAGUUCGAUGUCCAUGCCCAGACUGCUCUACACAAGGACCGAAAGAAAUAGUCAUGAAGGACUCGAGCUUCACAUGCAUCAACAAAACCUGUCCCAUAAACAUGCCACCUGCAUGUAAGCAGGACCCGGAUUGCCCUUUGAAUAAAAUGGUCCAGCAACCCUCGCCAUGUACAAUGUCAUGUAAGGAGUGGCCGGGAGUUCCGUGUAGCGGCAAAUCUUGCAGUGAAAAUACGCAAGAAGAAUGCUGCCCUGAACGGCGUGCGCAUCCUAUUCCACACCAACAGCCAACGUGUCCACCGCCGCCGCCGCCGCCGGCGCCAUGUAUUCCAGCGCCCACACCUUGUCCACUACCCCAAUCAGGUCCGCCGAAGUCAUGUUCGCCGGCGAGGACAUUUCCACUGCCGAAGCCAUGUUCGAAGCCAUGUUCGCCUUUGCCACGUUCGCCAACGCCAAUAACGCCGCCCCACCUAUCGAACUCGCCAUCUCCAGCUCGGCGCAUGUCACCUUCAUCUACCCCAGUCAUGCCUUCUAUAAGUCUCGUGGAAAACAUGUGCGAGACUGUCGGGCUGUUGAGUGACCAGCUUAAUCAGUUGAUGUGUAAGAUGACAGACGUACUAAACCCGAGUACCAACUCGCAACAGGAGCCAACCCCGUGUCGUUGUCCAAAAAAUCCUGGUUCAGCUAAUAUGAGUAGACGAUAGAUUCUUUGAGGCAGUAUUUAGUUCGAAUUCUCUUUAAGGCAUGUAUGGUAUUGGCACUUUACUUGGCCACACACAGUACUUUUAUUUUUGCGUUGGCAUGAUCACUUGCCAUAUACAGUCAAGUGAGGUGCCAGCAAAAAAAAAUCGACGUUUUCACAAUAACCCCAUGUUUGUAUAAUAUAAUAAAAAAUAUUCUUGUACACUAAUAA